CCAAGCAUUCUGGGAACGGAAGCGAGGCGGAAUCUCUCCCGGACGUCCGGUGUCGGCGCCGCGCGGGAAUAGGCUGCUUCUGAGCCACGAGCAGUUCCCGGAGCCGCUGCCGCGAUGGUGGGCAAGGCGCGGAAGCGUGGGGUCGCGCAGCGCCGGCCAGCUCGGACCCAGAAAGAGGAGAAGGAGGAGGAGGAGGAGGAAGAGCAGGGACCGCCGCCGUCCCCGGGAGACCCCAGUUACUUCCAGGACCAGGUAGAUGCCUUCCAUGAGGCGCGGUCGCAGGCGGCUCUGGCGGCCUCGUGGAGCGACGGGGAGAGCGGGGCAGAGGACCCCGAGGAGGAGGAGGAGGUGCUAGGCCUGGACGUGGCCGAGGAGGAGGAUGAGGAGGAUGAGGACGAUGCGGACAGCGUGGGGGGCAGCUCAGCGCUCAGCGAGGCGGACGACGCCGACGCCGACCCCAGCCUGUCGUGGGGCCGGAGGAAGAACCUCUACUACGACACGGACUACCGGGCCGCCAAGGGCCGGGGGCGGCAGAGCCAGCAGGAGGCCGAGCAGGAGGAGCGGGAGGAGGAGGAGGAGGCGCAGCUCAUCCAGCGGCGCCUGGCCCAGGCCCUGCACGAAGACGACUUCGGCCUGAGCUGGGUGCAGGCCUUCGGCGAGGCGUCCCAGGCCCAGCCCCGGGCCGAGGAGGCCCGCACCCGCGUGGUCGCGGACCCGCAGAGGCUGCCGGCCAAGGAGAAGCUGAAGCUGCUGCGCAGGGAGUCCCCGGAGCUGCUGGAGCUGAUCGAGGACCUGAAGGCCAAGCUGAGGGAGCUGAGGGACGAGCUGGAGCCGCUGCUGCGCCUGACCGAGGCGGGGGUGGUGCCGCCCGGGAAGGGCAGCCGCUACCUGCGGACCAAGUACAGCCUCUACCUGCACUACUGCUCCAACAUCUGCUUCUACCUGGUGCUCAAGGCCCGGCGCGCCCCCGUGCACGGGCACCCCGUCAUCGAGAGGCUCGUCACCUACCGGAACCUGAUCAACCGGCUGGCCCUGGUGGACCGCAGACUGUCCGGGGAGGUCCGCCGGCUGCUGUCGCCGGGCGCUGCGGCCAGCAGAGGGACCGCGGACCCGAAAAGGAGGCCCAAGCCGAAGCUCCCUUCCAAGGUUCCCGCGGUGAGUGCAGCCCCAGGCCCCGAGGAUGACUCCGACGUGGACGAGGAAGCCGCUCGGAAGCAGUACAGAGAGGUGGAAGAGAGAGUGAAACUGAAGAGGAAGAAAGAGGAGGCGGCCGAGGGCCGGGAGGGAGAGGCGCCCGAAGAGCCGAAUGCAAAGAGAGCCAUUACCUACCAGAUUGCCAAAAAUAAGGGACUCACGCCCCGAAGGAAGAAAGUGGACAGGAACCCCAGAGUGAAACAUCGGGAGAAGUUCAGGAGAGCCAAAAUCAGGAGAAGGGGUCAGGUGCGUCCGGUUCGCACGGAAGAAUACAGAUAUGCCGGUGAACUGUCUGGCAUUCGUGCUGGAGUGAAAAAGAGCGUAAAGUUGAAAUAAAGUUAGUUUGCUUAGUUUAAGCUCUAAGCAAUGUAUUUUGAACCAAUAAAUUUCUCAUUCUAGUUACGAACCAA